AUGCGCCGUGUUAAGAAAUCCAGAAAUGGCUGUGCAAGAUGCAAGAGUAAACGGGUCAAAUGCGGUGAAGAGAAACCUGACUGUAGUCGUUGCACCCGCUUGGGGGUCCGGUGCCCUGGCUAUGCCCAAUCCCUGCGUUGGGUCACCAAGUAUGAGCAGUCUAAUCCUGCCGUGUCGGCGUCGGUCUCCGAAGUGAGGACCCCGAGUCCGGCAGCUUCUGGCUCCAAUGUUCAAUUGGAACCCCCAAUUGACGAUGCUGUCGUCCCGGAUGUCUCAAAUUUUGAGCCGCCGCAUGAAUCUCGCCCUUCAAGCUUUCCCUUGAGUGGGCCAAAUGCUCUAUGUGACAACCUGUGGGAUCAUCCGGGCCAUGGAUCUUUACCUGAACUGACUGAUCUAUGCUCUCCAUCCCCGGUGGCGGCAUCGUCGUCUUUCUCACACCAAAGAGACAAUUUCCAUGAUUUUGGCCAUGAUGGAGAUGCGGCUAUGGACCUGUCGUAUUUUCUGUCACUCAUUGGACCAACGCCGACUGAGGAACCGGUUGACAAUGUGUACCGAGACUUCUCACCUUCGGCAAUUGUUCGCAGUUAUCCUCCCGCAUCUCAGCGAUCUGCAUCGCACAACUUCAUGUCAAUCUCCCGUCCACUGAAUAAUCCAUCAUGGACUCUAAUUGAGUACUAUUUCAAGGAAGUGGCUGCACUGUUCUCGAGCUACGACAGUCAAAUGAACCCAUUCCGGACUACGGUAUCCCGUCUCUGGGGAUCUUCACUGGCGAUGUGCCGGACAAUGCAAAGUAUGGCAGCUGCAACACUUGUCAGUGAAUUCCCUCAAUUUGGGCCUAUGGGUCGGAAGAUGCGUGAUGAGGCUGUUAAUAUCAUCACGCGUGAAGCAGUAAUAGAUGACAAGUCUUUGCUGGCAUUGUUAAUGCUUGGCCAGACGGCUAGUUGGCACGACCCAACCGAUCUAGGUAUAUCAUUUUUCAAUCUGCUUCGCAAACAGCUAAACACUAUCUCUUCAUCGUCACAUCCCCCAGGUGGUGACUUUUCUAAGAAUGACAGCAAUAACUAUCGCUUCUUUGAAGAAGCUCUCAUUUACUGGGAGAUGCUGCUCUCAUUCGUUGCAGACAAUGAUACCAUGGUCAUCUCUGACAAUUGUCGAUCUACUUCAUCUAUGGACGAGUCACUAGUUUUACAGCGAGUUCCACACCCGUGGACCGGCAUCGCGCGCGACACACAAUUCACCGUACAUGAGGUCGGGCAGCUCAUCCGUCAUGAGCGGAAACGCGUCCACUCGAGGAGGUUCACGUCCCAGGCUGAUAUUACCCGUGCCCAAUUGGCAAUGGAGAAGGCUCGACAGCUAGAAGAGCGCCUCUUGGGUCUUGCCCAUCCCUCCGAGGCCGAGAUUGUCAGUCCUGGCGACGACGAUACCCCAGUCUGGCACCUUCUCACGAUGGCCGAAAUGUACCGUUGUGUUGGUCUCAUGCAGCUAUAUCGUGUUUUUCCAGACCUACUGCAUAGCCGUUUACCUGCUCCAGCUUCCGCGUCGCCUCAAUACUCUACCACCGCAGGCUCAGUAUCCCGCGAUCCGUUCUUCCCCAUCGAUCUCGAUAGCAUGAACCUAUCGACUGGAUUUGGUGAUCCCAUCCCGGCGACAGGUCAAAAUACCACUCAAAACGCGGCUCAUUCAUCAUCUACAACAUCUUCUCCGCCCAAUCUCUACCGCCAUUCUACUCAGCAUCAACCAACCCCACAAUCACCAGCAGACACCCAACCAACCCCCGACCUAGAAACCCUCUCUAACAACUGGCUUACCGAGUUCGCCGUAACAACCCUUUCUCGUCUAAAGACCAUCCCCCUGGAAUCACGCACCCGCUGUCUCCAACCUUUCCUCCUAGUGGCAUCCUGCUCGGAGCUCCGUCUUCCGCGACUCUCCAAUACGAAUGCAGGCAGCCAACCUCAGAACGGGGAAGACUACAUGUCUGGCGAUGAUACAAAUAAUGCCAACCGAAAUCCAACUCCUACGAUCUCAAUGGAGGCCAUUGAAGUCUCGCGCACGCGCAAGUUCAUUCUCGGUCGUCUAACUUCCUUUCUGCAUGUCCUACCACCGAAACCGAUUCAUGUCUGUUUGAACUUAGUCAAUGAAGUCUGGAGGAGAUUGGAUGCCGGAGAGGAAGAUGCGUACUGGGUUGAUGUCAUGAUUGAGAAGGGGUGGGAAACGACGAUGGGGUGA